CAAGUGUAUUUCUCAAUCCAGUCCCAUUGUUGUUGUUGUUGCAGGAGAAGAGAAGAUGAAGUCUCGCUUGGCUUCCCUCGUCACCUGUGUGACCCUGCUCUCACUGUGGUGCAGUGUGUGCCACGCCACUCCUCUGUUCUACAACAUAUCGAUGGACGGCAGCGGUGAUGAAGCAGAGCUGGAGCUCCUUUUUCCAACCUCUUUCUCCACUCGAGCACCUGCUCACAUCACUGCUGCUACUGGAGCUCCCACCCUCACCAACACCAUCACCACCACCAUGAUCCGCCUGAAGGACUUCGUGCUGACCCGAGUAGUCGAUUUCUUGCAGGAGAAUCUGCUCAUCAUCAUCGUCGUGACCUCUCUUCUCAUCGUCAUGGUCUUCAUCAUCUGCUGUGCCUCUGCCAUGAGUCAUAAGCGCAAGCUGGAGGCCUACAAACCGCCUCCUAAUCCACCCAGGAAGUAUGUGGCGGAUAAAACCAGUGGAAGCAAGAAUUCAAGCGAGCUCCAGGAGAGGCCGUACGCUGUCGACCACGUCAAGAGGGUCCAAACUCAGAGCAUGGCCUCCCCCAAGAACCUGCGCAUGCCCUCCAAGGCUCUGGUGGGAGAGAGGGGCAGAGACGUCAGGUCAUCGCCUCGCCAGGAAGUCAGAAAGGUCAGGGCGGCCGAGGAGGUGGAAAAGCGGAGAGAGGAGCCCAAGCAAAAAGAGCAGGCGAAGCACCGGGAGGAGGUGCAGCAGAGCCCCAGCACCAGCUCCAGUCAGCCGGUCUGCACCUGCCAUUUGAAAAAGGCCCACCACUAGGGCACGUUCAAGGCUGAUGAUGGCAUUAAAUGUUGCAAACGAGAGAUAAAAACCAG